UGUGUGGGAAAAUGUCUACACUGCUUCAUGAUGUACUUAUACAUGUAUUGAAAGGUACUGCCAGUACUACGGAGGCAUUGACUUGUAAAUUCGUCUCUGCACACUUGCAGUGUAAUAUGUAUAUGUAAAGAUAGUUUUAAGCACAUUCUGAGGUACGCAUUGCUGCAACAUUUCCACUGCAGAUUACGACCAGUUUAGUUCAGUGCUAUGAAUCAAACGUAAAAAAAAAGUGAAUAUGAAAUGACUACACGUUGUGCUGAAGGCAGCACUAGUGUGACUUUCUGGUUAUAAAUGGAAUUUCUGAGGUUUAACCCAUAUAACAGCAGCUCUGGUUGUUUGAAAAUUAUUUAGAGUUGUUUCAAGUCUGUUUUUGUGUCUGAUGCAAAACAUCGCUGAGCUCAGUGUUUGUCUCUGUGUCAGACUGUGAGAACACAGCUUUGUUGUUGACUCUGGUGUCCCACCAGUUUAAUAUCUGUACAAUUACACAGUGCAAAAUAUUCAUUUAUUCAAUGCUUUUGCAUUAGUGAGGAAUUUCAAUCACUUAAAGCUACUUGAGUUUUUUUUUUUUAGUGCUACCAUGGAAAUUUAGUUAUAAGCUGUUAGGAUUAAUGUGACUGGCAAGGUUGUCACUGGUAUAAUGCAAGCAUAAAAAGAUGAAUGUUAAAUGGCUACAAAUAGAUUUGAAAGCAUCAGUAUGUGCUCUGCCUCACCCACCACAGCAACAGCUCUGCUUCUCUGAAAACUAUUUUCACAUAGUUGUUUCACAAAGGUCAUACAGGAAGCAUCUAUUGGUUGGUCUGCGGCAAGACAUCAUGGAGGUCAGAGCUCUGUGCAUCAGACUGUUGAUGACUGUGCUGAUUCUACUGUGUGCACAGAAAGUUGAUGCAAUUUUUCUUCGUAUUGAUCCAAACAAAUCCCAGUUUUUUGAAUAUGAGUCAGUUAGUUUUUACUGUGAAGAGCCUUCUCAUGGAGAUGUAUUAUAUAAGGUGAAGGAGGAAGUAGAGCAAUGCAACAAAACCACUAAGAAAACAACAGUAAUAACAACAGAAUCAAAGUGCACCAUUCAUCCUCUUUAUGCAAGUGACAGUGGAGAAUACUGGUGUGGGACAGCAGGAGGGAAGAGAAGCAACAUUAUCAACAUCACUGUCACUGCUGGUUCUGUGAUCCUGGAGAUUCCUGCUGUUCCUGUGAUGGAGGGAGAAGCUGUGACUCUGCGCUGCAGAAACAAGACGUCUUCAUCCAAUACCGCAGCUGAUUUCUACAAAAAUGGAGUUCACAACAGCAGCAGCUCCUCAAGAAGCAUGACCAUCCACAAAGUUUUAAAGUCUGAUGAAGGACUUUACAAGUGCAAGAUCUCAGGAGGUGGAGAAUCACCAGAGAGCUGGCUGUCUGUCUAUCUGCCAUGUCUCAUAGACAGUCACAACAAGAGGAGUCACUGUGCCGCUACUACACCUUGGAUCGUUGCCACUAUUUUACUGAGCACUCUGAUUGCAGUGGUGGGACUCUAUCACUUCCGCAAAGAUUGGUACAGAGCUUUGGUCUAUUGGUCAACAAUGGCAUAUGGUUCAGGCUCAACAGAAGAUCAAACAGGACAGAACACAAACAAUGAAGUUGAAUUGUGUCCUAAUCCAGUUUAUGAUUCUUUGGGCCAGGGUGACACUCAACCUCUGGAAACAGUGAAAACCACAGUUGCAUACAUGGCUUCACCAGGUAUCUACCAAGCUGUGGCAGAGGAUCCUUGCUAUUCUACAAUACCAUAGUGUUGCUGUUGGGUUGGAGCCGAUCCUAGGAAAGGUAUACCUUGGACAGGUCGCCAGUCUAUCAUGAGUCUGUAGCAUGUCCUCAACUUGUGGAGGCAUCAUGGGAUAUUUGUGAACAUACCCAUGUAAACCACUGAUCUCCGCCAACUCUGCCUUGAACAACACCCCAGGCUAAACCAGGACCAGGGUUUUGAUAAAUUGGAUAAGUCCACCACAGCCCAGUGUGUAUGCCCUUGGCACCUUACCAGAUUGCUGUAUUUCCCUCCUGGACUGAGAUCAUCCUCAUCAGUGGAGGUGGGCAGCUUCCUGCAAGUUGGAAGGACCACACUUAGCCACUAAGGAAUAAAAGCAGAUGAAAAAGGGCUGAUUCAUUAACAUUUGGUGACCAGAAGGUUGGUGGUUCAAUCCGUGGUGGCUCCAGUCUGCAUGCCAAAGAUCCUUGGGCAAGAU